AGUAUUAAAACUAAUAACAGAUAACGUGUUUACAUGUUGUAUACAUUUUGAAUUUUUAUAUGAAUAAAUAAUAACUAAAUUAAAAAAAAUUAAAAUGAAUAACUUGCAAAUGCAAAUAUUUCAAGAUUUUGUUCUAACAAAAAAUCAAACCGGAAAUAACAUUAUACGUGCGUUUACUCAUAAAAAAAAAAAUACUACAUGAUGUAUUAGUAUCUAAUGUACUUGAUGAUGAUGAUGAUGAUGAUGAUGAUGACGAUAUACUCCUUAAUUAUCGACAGACAAAGAGCAAAAUUUUAAACUUUGUAGAGACCACUGUAGUGUCUUUCUCAGAUUGUGAGUUCAAAGCACAUUUUCGGUUGAGUAGAACUACCAUUGAGAUUUUAUUACAACAUUUAAGUUUGCCCUUGGAAAGGUAUAAAAUGGAGAUACCUGUUGACAAACAAGUGUUAGUUUUUGUCUGGUAUAUGGCUAAUUGUGAAACUCAUCGACAAAUAGGAAAUCGAUUUGACAUUGCUGAAAGCACGAGCUAUAAAAUUGUUAUUCAUUGCUUAACAGAAAUUAAUAAUUUGUCUGGAAACUUUAUACAAUGGCCUACAAACCAUAAGGCACAAACCGUUGUACAAAAAUUUAAUAGUUUAAGAGGAGAACAUUCUUUUCCGGGUGUUUUUGGUGCCAUUGACGGAUGUCAUAUUUCGAUUCUUGCUCCAUGGGAGAAGAGAACAAAAAUGCCGAAGUUAAAUAGAACUAUGUUCUAUAAUCGGAAACAAGUUCCUACCGUCUUGCUACUAGUGAGAGAAAAUUAAUUUAGUAUUUUACUA